AAAGUGUUAUAUGAGAUGAGAACUUAACUAUCUUGCAGUUAUUUAUUGUUCUGUAUGGGUGGUUUAUGUGACAGAGGUAGCAGCGAGGAUUGGAAAGUUAAUGAUGGGGGAGCUGGUAGAGUUGCACCAUGAGUUUGUGAGGUACUACGGGCCAGAUACGGACGGGUCACCCAAGUGGAUGGAAGGGGAGAAACUCAAUGAACUCCUGUCAAUGUUGCAGAAGGCAGUGAUUGAAGAUGAGCGAAAGGAAUUUACUUCCCUGAUGCCUCUAUACAGUCCAGCAAACAUAGAAGAAUGCAUGCAGAAAAUCCAGACUGUCAAAUACAGUGAGGAGGUUUUCUUCAAUGGCAUCUUGAUGUUGAAGGCAUCUAGUUCAGGCCUGGAACUUGGCAAUUGUGCCUGGACAAUAAAAGGUCCAAGAGCUAGUAUUACCUACCUGCCAAGCUCAGUAUUUGUGUCCGCUCAUGCAUUAGAUUUUUAUUACAGCUCUCUGAAGGAAAAUGAUGUGAUUUUGUUUUCGGAUCUCUCAUCUUUGAACUACAUGGAUGAGGAUAAUGAGAAACUGAAUGAGCAUGCAAUGGAUGAAACAGACUCUUUGCUGUGUCGCAACUCAGUCUUGAGGGAUGAUGGUGUUGAUGUUAGAAUUAUCGGGGCCGGCACAUAUAAUACAGAGAGGUGGUCAUAUUAUGGAGAGGUGGUCAUGUUGAGGCUCACCAUAUUUUUAAUAGAGGUAGAGGUGGAGCUUUUCUAUCUAUAUAUGUAA